AUGAUGAAAAGAAAGGAAGUAUGGGAUUCACGAGUUAGUAGUCCCGUAACAAGGAUAAAACAUCCUCAUGAACAUAACCUAUCAUAUUAUAGCAAAUGCAUGUUUGGAGGCAUACUUUCAUGCGGUUUAACACAUACAGUAAUUACACCUUUAGAUGUGACAAAAUGUCGAAUUCAGACAUAUCCAAAUAUUUAUAAGAAUUUAUUUCAAAGUAUAAAGAAGAUUGUAAAAGAAGAAAAGGUAAAAAGUUUAACCCUAGGAUGGACUCCAACAUUUGUUGGUUAUUCUUUACAAGGUUUAUGUAAAUUUGGAUUUUAUGAAAUAUUUAAAGAUGUAUAUUCAAAUUAUUUGGGUGAAGAAUAUGCAUAUAAAUAUAAAGGGGCUACAUGGUUACUUGCUUCAGCAUCAGCUGAAUUUGCAGCAGAUUUUUUUUUAUGUCCUUUUGAAAUGAUAAAAGUAAAAAUGCAAACAAGUAAAGCUAAUACAUUUCCUACGAAAAUGUUACCAUCUAUAGUUCAUAUGUUGAAAAAUAGAAAAGAGUCUAAAUUUCCAUUUGGUAGUGUAGGACCUUUAUGGUGUCGUCAAAUACCUUAUACUAUGGCUAAGUUUUAUUUUUUUGAAAAAAUUGUUCAGUUAAUGUAUGAUAAAGUAUUUACUAUGCCUAAAGAUAAUUAUUCUAAAUCAACACAACUAGGUAUAACAUUUGCAUCAGGUUAUUUAUCAGGUAUUAUUUGUGCCCUUGUUUCACAUCCUGCCGAUAAUUUAAUAUCACAAUUAGGUAAAGUAGAAAAUAAAGAUAAAAGCUUAGGAAUGAUAACUAAAGAAAUGGGAAUGUUUAACUUAUUUACUAAAGGAAUAUGUACAAGAGUAUUAAUGAUAGGAACACUGACAGGUUUACAAUGGUGGAUUUAUGAUACCUUUAAAUCGGUUAUGGGAUUAGGUACAAGUGGAUCAGGUUCUUCCUCAAAAAAAUGA